AUGCCGUUGGCUACGAUUCCGUGCAGUAUUGAUUGUGACUGCAUAAGCCAAUACUGCAAAUUCCUAAUAAGGGAUACGCGAGUGCUAGAUCGGCAUGUGAGUUAUCAUUUGGAGGCCUCCAUAUCAGGUUGUGGGGAAGCUGCUGCCGAUUCUUCCUGGAGGCCCCUAGUCACCCUAAUGCAACAAAGGAACCCUAGAGUGCCAAUGAGGCCGCCUAAGGAGCUUCUAUUCGGCGUUGAUUAUUUGGACCCGAAUAAGAUUACCGAGGUAGAACUAGCCAAGUACCGUGUCGAAUUCCUGGGCCUACCGACUUGGGCUUCGGUUGCCAUUGCAACCCCCUGGGUUGAGCUUCUGGGAGCUAUUAUAGCAUUCGGCCUUGCCGAAGAAGGGGAGCCGUCUUAUGAACAGUUCUCAUACCUCUAUAGUGCAACUCGAUCCAAGUGCACGAGACAUGGAGGCUGGAUUCAAGCCAAAUGCCUCCAGGCCUCUGUCCGAGGGCAUUUUGUGAGGAGUGUACCGACUUCUCAGAAGUUGUGGAGGAAUCGGCGAUUUCAUGUCCCCACCAAGAAGAACAUCAAGAAGGUCGAGCGGGCGAGGACAAAAGUACUAGCUGCAGUUCGGGUUUAUCCCAAUCUUCUCCUUACUCCCAACUUGGUGAAGGCCAAGCUUGUUGGUGAAGAAGAAAUGACAAAGGCCAAGGUCAUGUCAGGGUUGUCCAACAGACAGCUUAUUCUGGACAGCCAAAAUCGGAAGGCCGAGGAGCUGGCUAUCACUCGGGAGGCCUAUCAGCAAGUCACCGGUAAGCGGCCUACCAUUAUUGACAUAGAUACGGCUCCGCUACAGAAGAAACCUCGAGUGUCGGACCACUUGAAGGCCAUAUUCGUUGCUGAGGACAAUGACGAUCAGCCUGCUGAUCCAGUCAACAUUGUCUGCCCUUUGAAAUCGGUUCAGUUUGCCAACCAUAUGAUCGUUGGUUCGCAAAUGGACUUGGCUAAGAUUGAGGAGCUGCCGAAGAGGUCCCUUCGGGUGGAGGCUGGCCUGCCUUCCAUCUCCAAGCCUCAGUGA